CGGCGGUGACGGCUUGGUGUUCGACGCCUCUGCUUUUGAGGCCGAGAGGUUGAGCAUGGACGCGGCGGCGAGGGAGGCUAUGGCGGAGACGGCGAGGAAGGAGAUGGAGUCGGGUCCGGAGAGUGACCCGAAAGCGUGGAAAUGGGUAAUCCGGAAGCGGAUUUGGGAUCUGAUGGAAGCUGGGAACUACGCCAUGAACCCUAGACCCGUUCAUCAUCGUAUCCCUAAUUUCGUUGGCGCGCCGGCCGCUGCAGGCAAAUUGGCGGAGCUUGAAGCGUUUCAGAUGGCGAAGAUCGUGAAGGUUAACCCGGAUUCACCACAAAAGCAAAUCAGAUUUCUUACGCUUUCUGGUGGCAAGAAGCUUUUGACUCCUCAACCAAGGCUAAGAACAGGGUUUUUCUCUGUACUUGAAUCCGAUAUGCUGAAACCCGGCACCUUGAAUGAAGCUUGCACCUCCGUGGGUGUAGCCAAGUACGGA